AUGGAUUUCUCCCGGCUGAUGCGACCGUCCGCCAUUCCGGCGCACAUGAACCUUAUUCAGGAUGGAUCGCACGCAGGAAGUGUUUCGCCCGCCGACGCCCCGGGAUUCGGCUCAAUACCACUCACGAAUCUUGCUGCAACCUAUGAUAGCACGCAGGAGACCAAGCCUUGGCAGGAGGCGGAUAUUUCACAGCUUAUUCGAUCGGCAUCGGACACGAUGCUGCUUUGCUAUGGUAACGCUGCAUAUAUGCGGGUCAUCGAAAGCAAGAACGGCCUUGAACGGCAAGUCGCCCUUUUGCAUCAGCAUAUAGCCAGCCUGUCGGCUGCCCCAGCAGUUCCGGACAGCCCGCAUCCGACUGUAGCGCCGAGCGGGUCAAUAUCAGCCUUGCACGUCUCACGGCCAGAAGAGCUUGAUCCCGGCAAUCCUUGCUAUUCUCGCAUCAAAUAUUGGACCAAGACGGCCUGGAAGUCCCGAGGACAGUGCGAGAAAGGUGAGACCGAGCCCAGCGAAGAGAAGAAGAAGGCGGACGAAGUUGCUCCCUCCGGCCGUUUUCCUUGGCUGGAGCUUCUGGACGGAUCACCUAUCGACGACGCGACGACGGAGGCUAUCACUGGCCGCAUGAAGGGUGUCUUCUUCCACUGGCACUCCUCUGGGAACGGGCCAGCUACGUAUACUGGGGCAACACUCCCGCAGCUCGACUUCCUUCACUAUCACUUGUGCAGAGCUUUCCCGCUGUUUUGCUAUUGCUCGCAUGGUUGGAAGCUCGACAAGGCCGCCUCUGACGUCUACGCCUCCUGGCAUCGUCAUAACAUCCGCUCAAAGGGAACGCUGAUAAAAGCGGAGUCUCCUGACUCGCUCCCUCUAUCUGGCAUGCAAAAGCGCCCACGGCCUUCGUCCGUAUCUCUUGGGUCUGCAUCAAUCCCGUCGCCCGCGAAGAAGCCCAGGGCCAUCACGCGCUCCGCCGUCUCGUCGCCUCUUGCGCGGUCGACCAUCACACAGCCUGUAUCUCCGCCCAGCUCUCACCCAUCGUCUCACGUUCUACUGGAUCAGGACCUCGACAAAAAUGACGCAGAAUCUCCGUCGUUGCCGUCGCCGGGUACCGUAGCAUCCCCUGACCCGUUCGUGUCGGCAUCUAUCCCACGCAGCUUCGGCACUGAAGCAAAGAGCCUCACAGUAGCGAAUCCGUUGGACAUUCUCACAGAUGGCGGUGAUUCCUUCACUCGUCUCUUGGCUCAAGAGGUCGAUAACGCGAAAAGUUUUGAUGCAGCCACCGCAACCGCGCAUGAGGACCUCAAGGUCUUCAGCGCUUCAUCGACUGCCGUGACUCGUGCUGCGUUCGAGGUCAGCGCCCCAUGGAACAAGCCCGACGUCGUCGCACCGCCCAAACAAUCACGCACCGACAAUGAGCCGAAAGUCGCGAAGCCAAAAAAAUCCGCCGUCUGUGCAGUGACCACAGCGUUUACCGGCAGAAACUUUUACAAGAAGGCUUAUCUCAACGAGCGACCUGGUACAGUCGUUCUCAACGACGAAUACGAACUCGCUUGGACAAGUCUGUCGGAUGCAGAGAGAAAGGAGUGGAACCAGAAGGCCAAAAAUGCGAAAACUACUUCGGCACCGUAA